AUCUACCAAAGACUGCAAUCUCGCCCCGCAUAUCCAGCUCUAGAUAAUCACAAGCUUUCCAUGACGCAGAUGCUGGCUACUGUACUCUGUGUUCUACACCAUCACAUGAAAUGCAUCUGCCUGUUGUGGUCCUGGCCGUUUUGCUCUUCCAGGGGCCAUGUGUAGCCCUUCUGGAAGAGACCAUUGUCUCUUUCAGGCCUGCACCAGCGGCCAUUGAUAUCACAAGUGCGCCGAUUAUAUGCUCGGAGGACGACUUCAAGGGGGUCCACAUUGCAGUGGACAGCUUAUCUCAAGAUCUAGCGGAAAUCACAAGCAGGGCAAGAGAUGUUCAUCGCCUAGACGUCAACACGCUACGUGGUGAGCUCGAUAUCGACAUUGCUAUUAUUGCUGGAUCCAUCAAUUCGACAUUGAUCCAGGCAUUGGAUCGUCAAGGAAUUUUCAACUCAUCAGAAAUCAAGGGGAAAUGGGAGUCAUUCAGAACGGAGGUAGUUCAGGGCCCGCUGCCGGGGGUGAGGAAGGCUUUGGUCAUCGCUGGGAGUGACAAGAGGGGGACCAUUUUUGGGAUUCACACUGUCGCAGAACAGUGUGGCCAGUCGCCUUACCACUGGUUCGCCGACGUUCCAGCCAAGAAACGCUCCAGCAUAUACGCUCUGCCUAAAGUGACGGUUCAUGGCGAGCCGACUGUCAAGUACCGUGGCCUCUUCAUCAACGACGAAGAGCCGGCCCUAACGACAUGGUGGUCUGGACUCCAUAAUGCGACGCACCAUCCCUUGGACUCGGAGUUCUACGCGCACGUUUUUGACCUACUGCUGAGGUUGAAGGCCAACUAUCUCUGGCCAGCAAUGUGGAAGUCGUUCACGCCUCCGCCCGGGAAUAUCUUUUUCACCGAUGACCCAAAGAAUCAGCAGCUUGCUGAUGAUUACGGCAUCGUCAUCUCCACUUCCCAUCACGAGCCGAUGCAGAGGGCAACAAAUGAGUGGAACGAGACUGUAUCUGGGCCAUGGAAUUGGUCUCUCAACAAGGAGAACAUCACCGCCUUUAUGGAUGAAGGCGUUGCUAGGGCUGGGCGCAAUGAGUCCUAUUUUACCAUUGGCAUGAGGGGCUUGGGAGAUGCAGCGAUCGAUACUCCCAAUGCGAUCGAGGCUUUGAGAGAUGUGUUUGCAACGCAGAGAGAAAUCAUCGAGAAGUAUCACGGGACGGAGGACGCGGUAAGUCAGGUUUGGGCCUUGUACAAGGAGGUAACCGCAUAUUAUGACGCCGGACUCGAUGUUCCUAGCGAUGUCACUCUUUUGUUUCCGGAUGAUAAUCAAGGGAAUCUGUAUCGGCUCCCAACAGGCGACGAGGCGUCUAGACUAGGUGGAGUUGGGGUCUACUUCCACUUCGAGUAUGUUGGGUUGCCAAGGUCGUACAAAUGGGCAAAUACGAACAACUUGGCCAAAGUUCUCAAAGAGUUGUCUCAUGCCCACUUGCGAGGUGCAAACCAAAUCUGGAUUGUCAACGUCGGUGACAUCAAGCCCAUGGAACUUCCCCUUGCCUUUGCCAUGGAUCUGGCCUGGAACGUAUCAAGCAUAUCAUUUGAAACCAUGCCUCAGUACCUCCGUCUCUAUGCAUCACGGGAGUUUGGCGACGAGUUUGCUGAUGCCAUUGCGGAAAUAUGGCUGGAAGAAAGCCAUCUCCUGGGGAUGCGGCGAUUCGAACACAUCACCCCAGGAACAUUCUCCACGGUGAACUAUCACGAGGCCGAGAGGAUUCUUCAGCGAUGGCAAGCACUGUCCACAAGGACAGAAUCUCUCUAUAACAGCAUGACAGACGAUCUCAAGCCAGCGUUUUUUCAGCUCCUCUACUACCCCAUUGUCUCUGCAAAGACAUUCUACGCCGUCGCCAUUGGAAUAGCGGUGAAUUACCGAUACGCUCUUGAACGUCGGAAUUCGGCAAAUGAAAUUGCAAAACAGGUUCUCGAACAUUUCGAGAACGACUAUGAUUUGCUAGAGUCGUGGGAUAGCUUGCUCGAUGGAAAGUGGAUGCACAUAAUGUCGCAAGCUAAAUACGACGCUGUUGGCCAGGAACCCAAGAACUGGGCAGGUCCGUCUCGAGAUAUCGUCGCCAACCUGUCCUUCGUUCAACAACGACAGAACAUGCAGUUCUCCCAGGGAUCUCUGGGGAUUUGGGCUGAAGGAUCCGACAAUGCCAUCCAGCAAGGCCGAUGGGCCGAGUCUGUCGAUGCGUCCAUGCCCACUGUCGCCUAUGCCCCAGUCUUGCCACAAAUGAGCCCCUACGGCCCUGCAGUCCGAACCGUCGACUUGUUUAUGCGCGGCGACAUCCGGCAGCCCAUCAACUUUACCAUCCAAGAUCCGCCCUUUGAUUGGAUUUCCGUCAAGCCAGGUGACGGAACACUGGACCGCAACCACAUGGACCAGCGGCUGAACAUAACUAUUAACUGGGCGAAUGUGCCAGCCGGAUUCAACGAUACCGUCAAGAUUGGUGUUACAUCAACACCGUCCGCAUACCCUUACUUUGACUUCAUUCGAGUUCCCGUCUUCAACCAUGUGGUAAGGUGUGGAUUCUCCGGGUUCCCUGAAACGGCAGGGUAUGUUUCCAUCGAAGCACCGCACUUCCAAGGGAGUUCGCAGGAAACCGGCGCCAACAAAGGCCUCGCCUUCAAAACAUUUCCGUACCUCGGAACAAGAACAGAGUCGGGGUCGAUUGCCCUCAGGCCAUUCAACGAGGCACGGGAAGGUCAGGCGGAUUCAGCUUGGGUUCAGUAUAACUUCUACCUCUUCGAAAACAGCGACGCUGUAGAAGCAACCGUGUACAUCAACGCAGGUCUCGACACCGAUCCACAGCUGAAGAUGCGAUUCUCGCUUACGGUAGAUGACGCACCACUGAAUUUUACCAGAGUGCUUGGGGACUACAUUAGCAAUCCACACGCUGGCGAUAUUCCACCCGAAUGGAUGGAUCAUGUUGCUGAUCAAGUUUGGACAAAAAAGGUGCAAUUUGGAGCCUUGGAAGCCGGAGAACACAGUUUACGCUGGGCCGUGAAUUCACCUGAGAUCUAUCUUGAGAAGAUCGUUUUAUCAACCAGAGAUGGAUUCAAGGAGAGCUACCUUGGACCACCAGAGGCAAUUCUUCUGACGUAACGGCCUGUAAAGUCCUAUGCUGCGCAUACAUGUAGGCGGACGGCUCUUGGGGUGUAUAUAGUCCAGUAAUACACGCACAUUUGGGCCUAUGGGCAUAAUGG